GUUGUUGAAAACAAACCCGGGGAAGUUGUUGACAUGUCGCUUGAAGAUAGAGUUCAGACUCGCAAACCGCUACAGAGCUUCUAACACACGGUUUUUGAAGGGAAAGCCGUGAAACAUCAUAAAGCUAAACAUGGAGUUAUCUCCGCUUAUAAAAAAAAUAGGUCACUCUUUAGUGGAAAUUAGAGUUCGAGCGCUGAAGAGCAUCUUAAGUAAACUGGACCAUUCCCUCAUCACUGUGGCUGACAUUGUUCAAGAAAAGAUGCUGUUUGUGUAUCUGCUUGAGUGGUUCAAUUUCCCGGAGGUUCCAAUGAAGGAGGAAGUCCUUGGAUUGCUUUUAACAUUAGCAAAGCAUCCUAGUUCAGCGCAGAUGCUGAGGGAUGUCGGGACGGUGGACUUUCUCUCUCAGCUUUCUCCUACAAUCGAGCCCAGACUGCGAGCUGUCAUCGAUGGAACCCUGGACCAGCUGUUCCAGCUUCCUGAGCUAGUCCCCAGUCAUUCAGCUGUCUACUCUCAUGGACCGUGCAGCACAACUACAACAGCCCCAACACUUGUUCCAGUUGACGAUAAUUUGCCUAAAAUGGGUUAUUUCCACAAGAGUAUGCACUACAAUACAAAUGUACCACCUCAGAAGAUGGCAGUGCGUGAAUCUGUGAGAUGUCUGAAAUUUUCUGUAUUUCCAUGGCUGACUUUAACAAACACGGACCGACACAUACUUUCUUCCAAUGAGAGCUCUCUGGGGAGCAGCAAUCCUAACAUGGUGAGGACAACCUGUGAACUUCUGUGUGACGUCAUUCUGCAGGACUUUCCAGCAGAAAUCUUCCUGCAAAGGCCUGGAAUCGUUAAGAACCUUUUGUCGCUGCUCAGGGUGGGUUCAGGUAAAGGUGAGGUCGGCUACCUCCACUCAUCUGCUCUGUCCUGCCUGCGGCAGCUUUGUGUGGGUCUGAAGAGGAGGCUGCGCUUUCAUCAAGAUCCAGGCUUCUACUCAGCAAAACAGGAUUCGGUGUCGCAGAACUCGUCCUUCUCUUACACCCAGGAGGUUCGGGGGAACCAGCGCUCACAGGCCUCCUCUCCUGUGGCUGAGUGCUCUCCUCGGCCCUCUGUGGUGGGUCGCACAGGCCAGAGAGCCAGGGGAGAUGGUCAGGACGGAGACGCAAUCUCUAACAGUGGCAGCUCACAUGGAGGUGGGGCAAGGGCCCCGGCCCCACAACAGACGCCCCGUUCCCCUGCAGACGCAGCUCACCUGGAGCUUCCCGACCUGAGCGUGGAAGACGUUCUGGAGCUUCAGUUGCAGCAGCUCAGCAUGGCCCAGUUUACUGUUGCCACCAUGCAGCACGCCAUACCAUUGCUGAAGACAGAAGGUUUGCAUGCGUUCCACCGUGUUCUGGAGCUGUUGUGUGAUGCUCUCCUCCUGCUCGGGGACAGCGUUUGCGAGCUGGUCUGGGACGAUCGCAGCCUGGUGGGGAUGGAGCUGAAGGAGAAGCUGCAAGCCUGCAUGGAGCAACUGGGGGAUGUACUCUUCUUUCACCAGAACUGUUCAGCAGAGGCACCUCACAGCUCCCUGGUCUCCCACAGAAUGGCCUACUUAGGGACUGCCAUGUUUACCAUUAGACUCCUACAGACCAUACUCCCUCCAGAGAAGGCCAGUGAAAACCUCCCUGAAAAUGCAGCAACAGCUAUUUUCCACUUAUGCUUGGACUCAUCGCUGGGAAGUCUAUUGCCCACCAUGCAAGAGACAGCUGUGGCCUACUUGGAGCAAGUGAACUCAGACAGCCACAGCCUCUACAGGAGGGUGAACAGAGCUGCAUUUUGGAUGGAAUCAACUUGUAACUUUGUGAAGGAGGCACAAGCUGAAGGGGAAAAGAACUGGUUGGACCUACUGGAACUUGCAGACCACGCGAUAGACGGUCUUCCAUUUCAUCAGCACCUACCAAUCGUCAAGGAAUGUGUUCACAUGUGCUCUUACUUGUGGAAGUUUGAUCAGCCCAGCCCCCUCCUCCAGACUGAGAGCCAGAAACUCUUCCUCAAGCUGCUGUCACAUCCCUCGCCGCCUGUCAAAACGGAAACAUAUGAGUGUACUUUAAACCUGGUCAAGGACUGCCUUGGCAUCCAGAAUCUAUCGAGACAGGAAGCAGCGGCAUGCGCCGGCGUUAACUUCCUUCUCCACCACAGGGUCCUGUAUGAAGUGACUGUUUUUGGACUGCAGGACUCUGCUCAAACGGUGAACGUUGCUGCCAAGGAUAUCCUGCUAUUCCUCCUCAAGGGACGAUUAAUGAUGACGGCUCGAGCCUGGGACAGACUCAAUGAGGCACUUUACCCGGUCAUACCCAUAUUACAGGGCUACGCCAGCACAGAGGAGUCACUUGGAAAGUGUGUCCUGCUGAUAAGUGACAUGUCGGAUGUGACAGGAGACGAUGUUUUCCCCACUACAGGCAAGCUGAAAGCAGCGCUCCGACUCCUCUUCUCUAAACAGCCCACUGUCAGAAUAGCUGCAGUGCAACACAUCUUGCCCCAGCUAACCAGCCAUGCUGAUGCAAAACCCACCAGAGGAUUCGCAGAUCAAUCAGCAAUCACGUCUCUUCCCAACCUCUUCUGCCUCAAAAACCCUGUAGACGUCACUCUGGACACCAUCAAUAAGUCCAUUCUAAAGGUGGAAUCAGUAGAGAAGUUGUUUUGCAUCCUGAACUCAGACACUGUAGACAUCUCUCUCAGAAGAUCGGCUGCAGAGCAGCUUUCUGUCGCGCUACAAAACAAAUCAAUGCACCCGGUACUGAAGAAUCUUGGCAUCACAGAGAAAGUCAUUUCUUUUAUCACAGACAAUGUAAAUGGCAACAAGAGCCUCGAUUGUCUUCUGGAGCCGUGUGUAUGCAUCUUGAGAAAACUGGUGUAUGCUGAUCCAUCUCUGAGGCACAGCCUGGCGCAACACAACCGCCUGCUCCUCACACUGUUCAGGGCUUCCUUGAUAUUGAAGGAGAUGAAAAGCAAUAACGGUGAGGUGGCCGUCCUCAUGUGUUUGCUGCUUUUUGAUGAGAUCGCCUGCAUUGAAACAUGGUCAGAUAAAACCACUCCAGAUGCGACUCUUUCACCAUUUUCUCUGCCAGUAGCUGCAGUACGGAGGUACAACAUUCCCUUCAAGACAGCAACUCAUCACGCGGUCAGCCCGUACUGCUGCAUCUUGGCUCCUUCCUCUGACCUUUUGACCCUGAGUCACGCCCGCCAAGCCUUGCAGGUGGCCUGGAAUACUGCAUGGCAUUCUGGGAUAGAUAAUCUCCUGGAAAAAUCAAACGGUGUUGCCUGUGAUACUGAUGAAUUUCACCCUGAUUUGAAGCUGUCGAAGUCGCAGCUCUUGUUGCUCCGGGCAGCGCACCCUCCAGCUGCGCUCCGUGACUGCAUCCAGGCCAUCGAGACUGCAGCGGGGCACAAAUGUGUGGCCUCUACCCUGUCCAGGCUCAGCCUCUACUUGUGGUUUAACAGACUAGCUCUCCCACAUGUUCCCACCCACAGCUGCAGAGACAUCCUCCAGUUGCUCGGCUGGCAGACAGUGUUGACCAGGUUUCUCCAGGUGCGCCCGGCCUCUGUUGAGGAUGAAAGGUUGCUGGUGGGAAUUGUGACAUUUUUGAAUGCCUACUUCAAACAAAUUCCCACAGAGUUUACCUCUGACCAAGGGGACCAGGACCUAUGCUGGAUAUUGGAGCUGCUUCUCAACCAGGAGACUGCUGCUCUUCUUCAUUUGCUUGUUGGUAUGGAGUCGCAGAUGUUGACUCAGAGUUCAGAAGAUUCUGAGGAGAUAAAGAACCACAUAAACCAGAGACUGCAGAGAGAACUCAUAAAGUUCUUUAACACGCUUCUGAUCAGGCUGUCAAAUACAACUGACAGGCUAUGUUUGGCAUUAGCAGGUCCCUUUAAGAGCCAGCUGGCGCUGCGCUUGCUUCAGAGCUUGCGGUUGUCUGAUGCCCCGCGUUUCUAUGGCCUUCCCAGCCUGGAGAGGGCACUGCAGGGCAUGGUCAGUCUGACUGCCCAGCCUGGCUGGAGCUUCCACUGCCCUGACCUGGAGCCCAGCUCCCUCUGCUCCAAAUAUCUCAGUGGAUUAUUAGAGGUGAUUUCUUCAUUUUAUGUUGAGUGGAGAGGGAACUCCUUGUCAUUCAUGGGGAAAGGUGUGACAAAGAACGCCAUUAUUUGCUUGCUUCACCUGUCCCAUGAGAUGAUGAUUGAAAACAAGGAUAAGGACUUCAUAAGCCAGUGGUCUUUUGGGGCUAAUGGCACCACAGAGGAAAGUAGCAGCUCUCAGCUUGGUUUGGCGUGGCUUAUCCCGCUUUGGGUGGACCGAGAUCAAGAGGUGAGGUUUGCCAGUCUGAGUUUAGGCGCUGCUCUCUCCUCCGUGCCCAGCGGCUGCCAGAUUCUGUGUGCCAGCUGUCAGAACAUCAGCGGAGGUCUGUGGGGCACGCUGCUCAACAUCCUCUUGGAUCAACAGGAGAGCAGCAUGGUUCGCAGAGAGGCUGUGUUUAUCUUGCAGAACUUGCUGGUGAUGCCUAUGCCUGCCAACGCAGAGGAGGCCAAGGACUCCCACUGGCAGCAGCCAUGUGUCCAUGAUGAGGUUUCCGGUGUGUCUUUGGUGGGUCUUCCAGCACUGCAGGCUCUGCUGUACCACUGUCAGUAUUUCCAAAGUGUGGCUCUCUCUGCCUCGACUUGCUACCGUGGCAGGUACACCUUCGACCUGCUGCCACGGCCUGGUGGGAGCGGUAAUCCCAGCCUUCAGGAAAGCUCUUUAGCUGAUUCAGAAAAUUCCCUGCUGCCUUGGAGAUGUGACCCCGAACCUAGUGUCAACUCUGGAAGAAGUUCCAGCUCCCUUUCUACUUCAAGCACUGCAGUCAGCAAUGCUCUAAGUAAAGGUUCAAGGCUGAGCACUCCCAAAGUUUCCUCCCCGGUCAACAUCCCAGACGAUACUCCUGCCAGGCUGAUGGCUCAAGGUCAGAGUGAUAGAGACACAAGCAACUCAAGUGCCUCACAGGACUCCCAACCAGGCAAGCCCUCAGGCAUGGAAGCGGUUGUCAUAGUAACUCCUGACCUCUUGACAGCCCAGUGCGGCCUGCUGUAUAAUCUGCUAGCCGUCCUGCCAGACUUCACCCUCGCUGCCGUCCAAGAGAACCAGCUACUGCCGGUUUUGAGCAGUCUGGUAGAUGUCGAACUCAUGGAGAAAUGUCUGAGCGAGCUCAGGACUCCCGGCAUCCUUCCCGGAAUCAGAGAAGACGUCAAGCGUCAGUUUGUCACGGCAGUUCGGUUCCUGUCGAGCUUUUGCAAACUGCUGCAGUCUUGUAUCAUGACAAGCAAGGAGCUGAUUGGCCAGAUGGACUUCCUGAAGCUUCUGUUGCCUAAUCUGGUGGCUGCACUUAUGCUGGAUACCACAUUAUUAGACGCAGGUACGUGGGACGCGGUUUGCGCGUGCUGGACAGACGUGUUUACGCUUCUGGCUACUCUGGUGAGGAGAGGCGGCUCGGCAGCUCACCCAUCUGUCUCUGCCGUGCUGGGCAGAUGCUGGCGGACAUUCGCAGGAACGCUAUCACAGUGUCUGGAUGAGAAAAAGGCAGAUUUGUUGCUCCACACAGCAGCUCUGCAGUUCCUCUCCACAGUUUUCACAGAGGAGACGAGGCUCUGCGGCACAGAACUCCAAAGCUCCACAUCCAAGCACAGCAGCACUCUGUCAGAUAUCCUAAAUGGUCCCUCUGCCAGUGAGCUGUGUGAACUGUUAUUGCAGAGCUUUGAGAAAAGGACCUUUCAGGACCCUUUAAAGAAGCUCACAGCCAGAGCUCUGAUGACGCUUCUGGCCUGCAGUCCCACAGCUCAAAACCACGCAGCCACUGCCGGUUUAAUUGACAGCUGUGUGGAGCAGCUGAAGCAGACUCAUUCCCACCUCCACCUGGAGUCCAUCCGACCCAGCAAGGCUUCUACCCGCAAAAAGGAAGGGGGCCAUUUAAAAGAAGUCAAGCUGACUGCAGGGAUCCUGCGGAGCGCUCUUUAUUGCAACGAUGAAUGCAAAGUGGUUGCUAUGGAUGCCCGUUUAGCUCUGAGACUCUACGCUCUGUGGCCUUGGUUCUUAUUGGACGACCCCACAAUGGAAGCUGUCCUGGAGCUCCUGUGUGUGUACACAGCCGAUAGCCAGCCAGCAUGCAGUUCCCUCUGUGUCAGCAGCCCCAGUGGGGUGCCAGGAUCUAAGGGCUCCUCCAACGCCUCUCUGAUGCACUCAGUCAUGAAGCUGAGCUCUCUUGCCCCAGACAACAGCCCCAUCCAGAAUCUAUCCUUCUCUCUCCUGACUAACCUGGUUGUGUCACGAGACUGUAGGUGCAUCCUGCAGAAGAAUAAUUUCCUUCAAGCCUUCCUGUUGGUGCCGGUCCCUAAGGUGGCUGGUGCUAAGGCCUCAUCGGUCGGUGGUGGUGGUGGGAACCUCCUGAGCCUGUGGCUGAGAUUCCUAGUCAGCCUGUCCGCCACAGAGGACGGGCAGCAGAAUAUUCUGAAAGUGUCCGGAGUUCUGGAACUGCUGGCCGAACUGGCACCGCAUCGACCACACGCACUGCUCACCCUUCACAACCUCUGCUUCUGCCCCGCCGUCAAAUCACAUGUCAUGACUAAUGAUAAAGCCAUGAAAGUUUUGUUAUGGUGUUUGGAAAGUAAAGAGCUGGAAACCUGCUGCAUCGGAGCGUCUGCACUGUGGGCUUUACUCCACAACAAUCAGAGGGCGAAGACUGCACUGAAAUGUCCAUCUGUUCGAUUAAAAAUCCAGGAGGCACUGACCGUCUCCAAGAAAGAUGCAGAGAAGAAGCAGGAACCUUUGAAUUCCUACCUGCAGAAGUGCCUGGAUCAACUUUCCCAGUUGCUAAAAAGUUGAAUGUAAUUGAGGAUUUUAAUUGUGUAGUUUUGUAUCAUGUUUUGUUAUCUAUGAAAUAUGUCAUUUGGAUAUUAAAAGUGUUGUCAACCUUU